AUGCCUGAAUCAGGGAAUGGUUGGCGGGCGCGCGCAAAUCCAUCUGAAGCCACGGAGCUAUUCCCGGGACCAAAAUCUAGACUUGUGAGCGGCGUAGCGCAUCAUCCGAGGGGCGGGACCACGCGCACGACCUUUGCUCGGGACAUUGCGCAAACCAUGAGCCUGGCGGAGCAUGUAAGAGGAAAGGAAGGCAAGACAAGGGAAAGGAGAGGAAAGAAGAAGAAGAAGAAGAAGAAGAAGAAGAAGAAGAAGAAGAAGAAAAAAGGACAAGGCGUCGUCGUGGGGCUGUCGGUAACAGGCGGGCGACGAGGAGGAAGACAAGUGGAGCGAGAAGGAGCGAAAUGGAGAGGCUCUUGCAACGGCAGGUGUGAUGGUGGCGUUUGGAGCCACGAGGUUCGAGAAUGUCCCGAGUGGCUGACGGCAAGUGCCAUUGUCGGAACGACUAGGAAAGACUAG